AUGUUUAUAUCACUGAACCACCCACUACAAAAAAAGGCAUUGGCCACCACACUCCACAAAACGGUUAGAUUAUUUACCCCGUUUUUCAUUGUAUUGAAUUUGAUCAUUUUACAGGAUGAGCUCCAGUACUGCGAAGGGAAUGUUGUGGAUCACGUUUGGAACGCCGGAAAAGAAUGGCUCACGAUCUUCCCGAAAGGCUGCACAACGAGUACCGACAUUCUGGCCCUCUUACCGGAGAGUUUUUCAGAACAGAAACCGCCAAUUGGCACAUUCGUUUCUUUCGAUAUGAAGUGAGACAGGUUGAAACUUUUUUUAUCAUUUUCCUUAAUUUCAGAGUCAAAGACUACGAUAGACGAGGCCAUAUCAAAAACUUGCAGUGUGAGUUGCAUCGAAAAUAUCUUCCAGGCAUCCGGCGUUUUCUCUAUCGCUUCCGACGAAAAACUCAAUGUAUGUUUUGAGAACACAAGAGUGCGGAAGGAAAACAUGGAUUUGCAGAUUUCAAUAAUUUAUUACCGUACAACGGCUGA